AUGGCUAGUGUGUUAUUGCCUCAAUUGCGUACGGGGUGGCAUGUAGAUCAGGCUAUUGUCACCGAGAAUGAACGUCUGGUAGUCAUUCGUUUCGGCCGCAAAGGUGAUAGACAAUGCAUGAUCAUGGACGAGCUGUUAUCUUCGAUUGCUGAAAAAGUGAGAAAUUUUGUCGCCAUUUAUUUAUGUGAUAUUGAUGAAGUUCCUGGUUUCAAUGAGAUGUACGAGCUUACAGAUUCUAUGACUGUGAUGUUUUUCUAUCAAAACAAGCAUAUGAUGUGUGAUUUUGGUACAGGGAACAACAACAAGUUAAAUUUUAUUGUGGACGAUAAGCAAGAAAUGAUUGACAUUUUGGAAACUAUAUUCAGAGGGGCCAGGAAGAACAAAGGGCUAGUGAUCUCUCCUUAUGAUUACAACCAUAAGCGUGUUUCAUAA